GCUUCCGCCAUUUCUCCCGGCUUCGCUUCUAUAACGUUUUGUAUAUUGUUUUAUUGUUAAGCACACACUACCAGUCAUGGCUUACAAAGGCGGACCUAAAGUACAGAAAGUGAUGGUGCAACCCAUUAACUUGAUUUUCAGAUAUUUGCAAAAUAGGUCACGGAUUCAAGUUUGGCUUUAUGAACAGACAAAUCUUAGAAUAGAGGGAUGCAUUGUUGGGUUUGAUGAAUACAUGAAUUUAGUGUUGGAUGAAGCUGAAGAAGUUCACAUGAAAACAAAGACAAGAAAAACAUUAGGGCGAAUUCUUCUGAAGGGAGACAACAUCACAUUGAUACAACAAGUACAGUGAAACAACCAUCAUGAAGACUUGUACAAACAUUUAUUAAGAACACAACACCUGGAAGUCUGGAAGAUGAAUCUGAGAAUGGAAGUGAUGAGAGGGAUAUGAACGUUUACAUUACAUUUGUAGACAUUUCCUGAAAAUGUGUCCACAUUCUGUACCUGGUGACUGGAGGAAGUUUCGUCCAGAAAAACUAUCAGGACUUGCAUCAUCAACAUCAUCAUCACAAAGCAGCAAAUCAUCAUCUUAAUAUUACAUUAUCAUAUUUCAUAUUUCUCAGAAAUCAUAGGAAUGACCAUUAUUCCUGUGACAUUGUCAUGGAUACAGUGUUAUUAUCAAACUUACCAGACUUUAUUGAUAUACUGUAUUCAACAACAACCAAGCUUUUCCUUGGUCAGUUUUCACUUUAAUGUAUAUACCAGAAUGUCGAGAAGGUGCAUCUCAUAUACAGAAUGUAUCCACAAAAAUGAUACGACUAAAUAAUUCUUGGUUUACAUUAUUUCCAGUGCUUGAUUUCACUGUUAUUAAAAAAACAUUGAACUAUGUUUAACUAGUAAGUUAGGAAAUAUUGAAACUGUAAAGCUGACUAACUGCCAUUUCAGAUUGUACAUUAUGAUUACUGGUAGAAACAGAAUUAUUGUUUUUUAUAUUUUUUGUGGUUUUUAAUGUAAACAGUGUUUUGAGGAUAUGAGGGAAUGAUGUGAUUAUUUUCUGUUGUCAUGUGAAGUAAGUAAAUGAAGAGAGAGUAUAA